GCAGCCAGCAAUGGGAACGAAGCGGAGGUUCGGUUAUCUCUCGAUGUUGGGGCCGACAUUGAGGCCAGGGACACGAAUGGAUUCACAGCAUUGCAUCAUGCUGCUCGCUCUGGGCAAAAGGAAGUAGUGGAGAUUUUAAUCGAGGCAGGGGCUGACAUUAACUACAAAGGGGGAAAGGGGUUGACACCGCUACAUCUGGCGGCUAGUCAAGGUCAAGAAACAGUUGCACGAUUACUGAUC